AUGGGACGCGUUUCAAGACUCUUCGUUGUCGCCUUGAGCGGAACCGCCGCCCUCGCCUCUGUCGGCCCUCAACAUGUGCCCUUCCAGCCCAUUGAUCCUCAGAACUGGGUGAACCCGGACGACAUGACAUGGGCUGACUGGAAGGCACCUCCCGGCGCGAACUGGAAUGAUCCCAGCCGCGCUGGUUCCGACAGGAACUUCAACAUUGCCCUUGUCGCAGUGGACUAUGACAACCUGCCCUUUGUCGUUACUGGAGCCCCAAACUCGACCGUCUUCGGGAAUCCGCUACCCGGCUUCGGCAAUGUGCAGAGGAAAGACGUACCCUCGUAUUACCACGACUUGUUGAACAAGCCGACCGACUUGAAUCGGGGACACACGAUUCACGAGUACUGGAUGGAGAGCUCUGGCGGCCGCUUCGGCGUAGACUUGACGGCAUUUGGGCCGUAUCAGAUGCCCGCGCAUCACUACCAAUACGGCAUCACCCGCCAGUUUAACCCAGGCGCCUGCCCUGCUAACGAAACAUGCAACUUGAACCUCCGCAACGCAGUGCAGGCCGCCUGGAGCCGCGACGUCGGCAACGACACGACCAAGUCGUUCGACAUGGUCUUCAUCCUCUCCGCGGGGCAGGACGAGUCCUCCACCUGGCAAGAGUUUGGCGAGAUGAAGUUUGGCCAGGAAAACGACGUCCCGGACGCCUUCGGACCUCCUCCGGGCUCACAGAUCCCCAACUUCGCCGCCACGCGGUACGUGAGCUGGACCUCGUGGGCGUCCGCCUCCUCGCUGUGGCCCGACGCCGCCAUCGGCCUCGGGUCCUCGGUGCAGUGCGAGAGCUCCGGCAUGGCCACGUACGCGCACGAGCUCAGCCACCUGAUCGACAUCUGGGACAACUACAACAACCCGUACGGCGUCCCGCCCGUGCGGUCCUACACAGGCCCUUGGUCCAUGAUGUCGCGCGGCACCUUCAACGGGCCCGGCGGCCCGCACACCCGCUGGCAGAUCCCAGCCCUCAAGGGCGGCGCCAUGGGUUCCCAGCACACCGUCCGCGACAAGCUCUGGCUCGGCCUCGUCGCCGAGCGGCGCCUCCUCAACGUCUCCAAGGCGACGCUGCAGGCCCGCGGGCCCGUCGUGGCCCGGCUCGCGGCCCGCAACUCGCGCUGCGGCCUCAUCGGCCUGCGUGUCGACUUCGACCGCGACCUGUCCCCCGGCUGCAGCGUCGCGCGUGACCCGCUGUGCGACGGCGGCGGGUACGACGCGUACGACGUCGAGGUCGUCGACCGGAGCGGCUCCGACUCGUUCCAGGCGGACGCGGGCGUCAUGUUCAGCAAGGUCAAGUACGGGCCGGACCCCCCCUUCCAGUGGACCAUCGACGCGAACCCGCAGGACAUCCGCAUCGUGGACUUUGUCCGUCCCAACGGCACCACAGCCAUGAUCACCGUCGGCGACUACCGCCAGCUCCUCGACGCGCUCUUCCACACGGGCACCAACUCGGGCAGCAAGUUCGAGCACGUCGACAGAGCCAACAGCGUCCACCUCUACGUCCUCGAGCACCACCGCUCCGGCAAGGGCGCGCUCUCCUACACCGUCGCCGCCCGCGCCCUCAACGACACGAGCGGCAACGAGUACGCGGUGGAGGUGUCGGCCGGGUCUGUCCUUCCCGCUACCGCCGGUGCAGAGGCCGCGUCGGGGGUGUUUUGCUCCUUUAACGUGAAGAACAACGGCACACAGGGGGGGCAUCAGGGCGCAGACGCCGGAGCUCAAGCCGCGCCGUACCUGAACUCCGACAUCUACAGGCUGAGUGCCACCGUGGCUGGCUCCGGGUGGGAGGUCCAGUUGCCGAAUGAGAUUGCGACGGCGCAGUUUGGUCAAGGCGUAGAUGUCCUGGUGGCGGCUCGGCCUGCCGGGGGAGCGGCUGCCGAGGGCAUCGUGACUUUGAGGGUGACGUCGGAGUCGAACAGUAAUGUCGUUGGAGUAGCUGAAUGUAAGGUGACAGGGAAAUAA